AUGUUCGCCAUCGACACCGGCGACCGCGGGGAAGCCUCGCUGUCGGCGCUGCGGGAGCUGGACGCGACCAUCGCGGGAAUUCCUGGAUUGGCGCGGGAAUGCGUGUUGGCGGGAGUGGAUGUGCCGCAGAGCGGAGAGUGGGCCGAGGAAAGCAGAGCGUGUCUGCGCGACUUGGCGGACUGCGAAACGUACAAAGCGCGGGUUGUGCUUCGCGAUGCGAAGAAUCGGCUGGUGUGCUUCCUGUAUCGAGAGGGAGAUGAGGACGUCAGCAUGAACGAAAUGAUGCUGAGUGAGGGAUGGGGACGCUUGGAGAAGGGAGCGGAAAAGCGAUUUGCGGCGUAUCCGAAGAUUCUGCAGAGUAUGAAGGAUUAUAUGCAGGACGCGAAGGAGGAUCGGAUCGGAGUGUUCCAGUAUGGAGAUAUUGGUUUUAAGGAGGAUGAGGAUUAAGAAAAAGUUGAGGGGUAUG